GGUCAUUAUUUAGAACAGGAAGUUAAUCCAAGGACUGGCUAAAUUUUGGAGUUCUCAGAAAAUGGACAGUGAGGACAUGAGGGGAAUGUCCCUGCGUCUGUCACGGGUUCUUGGGGACAUCGGGGUUAACAGGUUUAUCAUUGCCAAAAGGAGGAGUACAUGGCUUGAAAUAGCGUCUAUAAGUGUAAUCAUGUGCACAGAAUUCUUCACUGAGUAUUGUUUUGGCAGCCAGAUUGAGGGGACAACAUCACCUGGCAUGCAGUCAGACGUUGAUAGGUUGCUCUGUAUGAAUGAACUUCCUGUGAUACUUGACUGGAGUGAAUGGAAUGAAGGGACGCCUAACCUUCUAGUUAUAAAUACAGAGGAGUCCCCACCCCAGCAUUGCUGGCUACAAAGAUUGGGGCGUGAUCUUCCAUUUCAAGAAUUUCAGGUUUUGCAUUCCAGCAAAGUUAUAGACCGAGCAGGUAAAAUGUUCAUGACAAACACUCAGCUGGAAUAUCAUGAUUUUAUUCGAGCACACAAUGUGUUAGGAGAAGUAGUCCAGCAUGGCCCAUCCAAAAGCUGGGAUGAAAACGAAGAUGUUGUUAGAGCCUAUCAUUGUGCAAGUCUUCCAGAGGAGUGUAAAUAUUUGUUCCAAAGACCCCGUCCAGGACAUUGGCCUAGACCCAACACACUGGCCAUGGCCAUGGGGACUUGGGUGUUCCUGGUGCCACAGGGAUACAAUGAGUCACCUUCAAGACCAACCGGGUGUCGCUCUUCCACACUCCAUGUCACCCAAGAUGACCCAUACUACCCAAUGUCAAAACGAGAAUGGAGGUUUUCUACUCCGAUGAUGGAAAGGUUACUGGUGUUUGAUUGGAACACAAUACAACUUAAAGUGUAUGUACUUGUUAAAAUAAUUCGAAAAACAUUCCUCAAGCCAAAUGUUGGAGACCGUCUCAGUACGUUUCACAUAAAGACUGCCAUGUUGUUUACCAUAGAGACAUAUCCAUCAGAGAUAUGGAGGAAGGACAAUAUUGUACAAUGUGUGAUCUACUGUCUUACCACACUUCGCAGAUGGCUAGCCAUCAAAUUCUGUCCACACUACACAAUAGCUGGAGUCAACCUUUUUACUGGAAAGCUGUUAAAUCAUGAAUUUAACAGCAUUGUCGAUAUAAUAACCAGUAUGGUAGCCUCAAAUCUACAAUGCAUUUAUGUAAUUGAGAUGGACUCAAUUGGAGCAAGAAUGUCAGCACUUCGCUCUGGUGUCAGAAUAUGUGAAACUAUGUCCAGGGAUAGGAACAAUUUAGAUAUUUCAUCAUUUUUGACUUUUACGUUUUUUAAAAACUUUCAGGAACUUUUAGAUUUGCGGACAGACAAUCAGAAUGCCCUUGAAUAUGGCCAGUUCAUACUACUUGUAUCUGAAAGCAUUGAAACAUUUGUCCACAAAACAGAGCAAGGAACUGCUCUGGAACGAGAGGCAGCUGCUGUUCUUAUUUCUUCUUUCCGUUGCAAACUUGCCACUGCCCAGGCCUCAUGCUGCAUUAAACAGGGACAACCAAUCACACAGGAUAUUUUCAACAUAUACCAACAAUCCUUAGACUCCGACCUAUCCGGAAGAUUGAAGUUUACCUCAAUGUGUUUUAGCAGUGGGCAGUAUGAGGCAGCAGCAAAUAACUUGAUGCACUGUAAGGGACUCUUGGGAUCGGUAGUGUGGCAAGAAUGCUAUUGUACAGGGAGACAAUGUUUAAAACCGAUAUCAAAUAAUAAGUUCAUUGAAAAUAACUUAAAAAAAUCAAAUAUGGAAAUCUUGACAAAACAUACUAUACUUUGUAUAUCUUUUUCAAGACAUGAAAUGUAUUGUAUCCCACAGUUCCUGGUGUAUGAAAUGUUCAGAACAAUAAGUGAGGAGGACACAGAAGAGAGAUGUCCACCUAUUCAAUAUGAGUGGAUGGAUCUGGUCGUAGUUGACUGCAUACCUUUCCUCCAUUACCUAAAUGUCCUCACUUACAUGCAGCUCAACCAGCAUGACCGAGCACUAGAUUCAUUACAGACCCUUAAAAGGAAUUGCUUUGACCAUGGUCAUUUUGACACAACUCUUAAUAUGAUUGGUCACUGUUAUGAACUAGUUAAUAGGCUUGAUAAAGCCUGGAUGUACUAUGGGAAAUCUCUGCAACUUUACCCAAAAAACAACGCUGCCAAAUGGCAUGUGGGAAGACUUCUGCAUCAAAAAAUCAAAUUCAGACAUUGUGGGGAAAACGACUAGCACUCGUAGGAAACUCGCUUGUCCGACAUGGUUCUAAAUAAAUUUGAACAUGAUCACAUUGACACAUGCAGGGAACUUGUAUCUAGGAUAAGCUUUACCCUUGAAACAACGCUGCCAAUUGGCAUUUGUCCAGACUUCUGCAGCAAAAAAGCAGGAACUGAACAUGCUUGACCAUGUUGUGAAAUUGUGUCCAAGGUAGACAUGGAAAGGAUCUGCAACAGGAAUGAUUAUAACCUCUCACGGAUGUAUCGACUAGAGACUGUGAAAUCAAAUGUUUACAUGUAUUUAUUUCACGUAUAUUAUGAGCAUAGUAAACUAUAUUUGCAUUGGAAAUGUUUUAAACAUGUAUGUUGAAAGUAACAGAUGUUAAUCUUCAGGUUUUGAGCCAUAUGAAUGGGUAAAAUUCAAUUUUAAAGUAAUUGUUUUUCAAAUAAACUGUUUCGUGACUAUGUUAUCUCCAUAUUGUUUUUAAAAAAACUGUUAUAUUACAACGCGUCAAACGCGUUACAUUCACUACAUCGUUUCCAUGAUUUUGACCAUCAUGCACGCUGAUUUGUGUGUUACUCGGUUGAUGUUUUCCUUUUUUUCUUUUGUUCUUUCCAUUUUUGAGUAAUUUCUGAAAAAUCUGUCAAUGAUGCAAAAUUCAUUUAAAACGUGUUAUACAUGAAACUAUAUAUAUUUUGAUUGUUUAUGUGUGUGUGUAUUCUAUAUUUAUGUUUAUAUUUGUGUAAUGUGACGAUGAGCUGUAUAUGCUUAAGUCAAAAAUAA